AUGGGAGCACCGAUAGGAGGCAAGGAAAAGGUAGAGCUGGCCGACCCAGAGACGGAGGCCAAGCUGGAGGCCGAUGCCGCCUCGGAAACGGACGCAGAUUCUGAUGCAGAGGCUGAAGCAACAGAGGCCGAAGCAGAGGCCGACGCAACAGAGGCUGAACUAGAGGCGGAUGCGACGGAGGCCGAACUAGAAGCUGAAGCAACAGAGGCUGAAGUAGAGGCCGACGCAACAGAGGCGGAUGUAGAGGCUGACGCAACAGAAGCUGAACUAGAGGCCGAUGCAACAGAGGCUGAAGCAGAGGCUGAAGCAGAGGCUGAAGCAGAAGCCGACGCAACAGAGGCCGACGCAGAGGCCGAUGCGGACGAGCUGGCUCCAACAGGCGGCAGUGAGAAAGACGCAAAAGCCGAGGAGCUGGAACCGCCGAUCGGGGCGACGCUGGACGACGUCGCGGCGACAGAGACCGAAGACGAGGCAAGGCGGGAGACCGACUCCGAUACACUGAGCGAAGAAGCGGCCGAGACAGAGGCGCCACUUCCAGCAACAGACGGGAUCGAGAGUGUUGAAUAG